CAUGUUUGUUCUUCUCAGACGGUGCUGAAGAUGGACACGACGCGGAGAAGAUUGGUGGCGAUUCUGGUAGGGCUGCUGCCGGCGCUGGUGGGGGCCGACGUCGUGGUCAUGAAGGACGUUACUCUGGGCUUCGGAGAGGCUCUGGAGCAUUGUAGAGAGGAAAGCGGUCUGACCUCGGACAAGAUGGAAGAGUUCUUCCACUUCUGGCGCGAGGACUUCAAAUUCGAGCACCGAGAGCUGGGCUGCGCCAUCCACUGCAUGUCCCGGCACUUCAACCUCCUCACUGACGCUUCGAGGAUGCAUCAUGAUAAUACGCACAAGUUCAUCAAGUCUUUCCCCAACGGCGAAAUCCUGGCGUCGCAGAUGGUGGAGCUGAUCCACUCGUGUGAGAAGAAGUUCGACCACGAGGAGGACCACUGUUGGCGCAUCCUGCACGUGGCGGAGUGCUUCAAGAUGUCCUGCCAGGAAAAAGGUCUGGCGCCCACUAUGGAAAUGCUUCUCGCAGAGUUCAUCAUGGAGGCUGAGGCGUAGACGACCAAACCAAAUACCGCUUCUGUUUUUAUUGACGAAUUAUUCAAAAAAUCAAGAAUUAUUUAUUUCUUAUUAGCUUUACUUUGUUGGUUUCAAAAUAAUGAGAUAUAUAACAUAAUAACGAUCGCAAUCCGCUUACAAUGUACCUCCUACUCAUAUUAUUCAGAUUAAUGUUCUAUCCAACAGUUUGGCUUGAAUCCUGAGUUAGUGGUCUAAAAUAAAAUCUCUAAAUAUUCGAGUCUGAUCCAAUGCGUGUCCAGAUACCAUUUUAAAAUAUUAAUAUGUUUAACAAUGGAUCGGUGAAUUACAAUGUCAUUGUCAUUCAAAGAAAAUUAUGAUGAAACGGAUUCAUUCAUUAUUUCUGUAAAUUGAAGAUUUUUGUAGAUAGUGAUGGACAGUAUCGAGAAGUGAAAAUCAAGCUGCAAUUCAAACAUAUACAUAGCAAUACGUGCAUAAUUUUAUUUUUAGCUAAGUUAAUAAUUAUAAGCAUAAUAAAUAGAACAUCGAUGAGUUCACAAUGCUCCAACGCAACGGCUUUAGAUCACAUGAGAUUAGAAUAAGGUUUGACUAUUUUUUAAGCAACGCUAACGACGAUCUUGCUUUCUCAACGGCUACGAUAGUUUUAAGUGUAUUUUGUAUAAUAAACUGUUGAAAUGUUGACAUAAUUAUAAACAUUCACCUAAUUAUUGAUUGUGUAGAUUUUUGUACAUAGAAGUUGAAUCAACAUCCAAA